AUGACGAGAAAGAAGACAGAAGGUCUCUACCAUGAUGAUACGAGAGACAGAGGAAAGGAUAACCACAAUGACCGAGACAAAUACCACGAGCCUUCCGAGAGUCGUGGGCGAAUCAGAAGUCGCAGCGUCACCGCUGAACAUCGACGCCGAUCUCCCUCACCUUCGGCAAACUCUGCUGCAUCUAUGUCAUCUAAGGAGCGUGGUGGCAGUAGUCGGCAUAGGUUGCGGGGGAAUUCGCCAAGUCACCGAUCUCGUUCUCGUUCGGAUAGUCGCGAUGUUCGCAAGUCCAAGUCAAAGCAUCGAGAGAAAGAUCGAGAGAAGAAGUACAAGAAGCAUAAGGACAGGGAUAAUGGAAAGGACAAGGAUGAAAGGCGCAGCGUUCUAACAGGCAAGAAGAUCAAGUUGAAAGUUCAUAAGGAUGCCAGAGAUCUCGAGAUGGACGCCAAUAGGCAGAACUUGUUGCAGUUCUUGAAUUCGACAUGCGAAUGA